GGGGGCUAGCAAAAGGCUCCAAGAGGGAAGGAAGCACUGUUUAGUAUUGACGAGCGGGCACGAAAUAACGUAUCUGCAAGGUAUUGCUGGUUCCAAGCUGGGACGACCGGUGGUACUUCGGGCUAUUGUACGCUCUUGUGCUUGGUGGACACGGAGACUACACGCACACAUGCCAGUUCCACUGCAGCCAUGACACAGUCGCGUGACCAGCAUCCCUCGCGCCGCAUCCAUGAUCGCGAGAGCGGGUGCACUUUUAUAGAUGCAGUGAAGAUGUGGGGUGAAAAAGAAUCCAUUCUGGCGAGGUUGCGGUUUCCUGGAAGGUGAGCAGGACGCGUCUUAGACUGACCGUCUACAAGCAAGCGGACACACAGAAGAUAUUUCGCAACAGCUGUCGCAGACUUAGCGCCUGAGGGCGGCCGCGCUGGCAGUGGCGACGGCUACUUACCCUGGCCUAGGGGGAUUGGAUUGGGGGACUAGGUGUGAAGGUAGAUAGUGUUGGUAGCAGGUAACCAGUCGUAGUCACCACGGCUAAUGUCAGUGAACUGUGCCACUGGGACGUCUGAAGCCGGGCCUCAGUUGUGGUCUCAGCGGAACAGCUGUCGAUUCUUCAGCCGUUGAUGAUUGUCAGUGCUUGUGUUAUCGAUCUUCAAGGAGCCGCGCGCUGUUGGCGCACGCGCUCUCUCUGUCUCUGUCUCCUAUUUCGCGUCAGUUCCCUACCGCGCAGGACCGGACGAAGCUACGAAAUGCAACAGUCACGAGUACCGUUAGCGGCUUCAGCAUGCAAGACAGCUGGAUUCAAUAAACAGCACGUGUCAUUUAGGUGAAGAUUUCACGCUUCUAUGCCCACAGAAACAAAAGAUGUACGCAUGUUCCCCUCCUUCCACGGUACUGGGUGAAUACUACUGGCUGCCUGGAUCGCGUCUGUUGUGAUUACCCAGCGCACUGAGCCCUCCGCGAACGGUGGCAAAAUCGACGCGUUGGCCGGUUUCCUUGAAACAGACUCUCUUGCUAGUGGUGUUGCUUGAUGGUAGGCAGGAAAGAAAAAAAAAAAAGCGGCGGUGAGGAACACAUCGUUGAAAGGCCCAGCCAAGCAAGCAAGGCAGCUCGGUGAGACUUGCAAGCCGGCAAAGGACCGCGUACCCACGUGCGUUGCCUUCCCCAGCGAGCGACUCGAUGGUUCGGGUCCCAGGGUCAGGUCAUGGACGUCGUGCAAGCGGGCUAGUCGUGUGUGCACGUGUAGGACUUGCCUGUACCGUGUGCAGUGUCCGCUGCAGUCUGCAUGCCAAGCUCGCGUUACUGUGUGUGUGUGCGCGCGCGCGCUCUGGCGAGACAUGCUGUGUCACAGCGUCGUUCCUCGCCACACCUGAGAGCCGCUGGCAUUUUCAGACAACGUAGUGCCCGUGAACUUGGAUUGUAAUGCUAUGAGUGCCUCGAGGAGUAGACAGAAACAAGUGAUCGCAACGCUGAACUGUGAAGGCAGGGAUGGCGGAUGCUGCGGCUUUCGCCGCGAGAGAUGAUGCUGUCCAAGAGCAGAUCCUACCACUAAAACAAGCAGCACUUUAAAGGUGGCGAUGCUUCGACGCAUGACAGGCUGCGUUCUUGUCGGACGAGGGUCAAGAAGGGCACAGCGGUGUUGAUAGGUGCGGGCGAAGCAGGAGCGUGCACGUGCGUGCAUGUGUUGCAAGACGUGCGCCGCUUCUUCCUCCGUCGCCGAGUGCAAACAGAUGCUGGAAAUCAAUGGCGAACUCUUCCGACGGAUUCCUCGACGUCUCAACAGAGAUGGGAGACUACGUGAGGGCGACCAGCUUCUGGCUAUCGACGGACAACCACUAGACAUCUCUCACCAGCAAGCCAUCCACAUCCUGCAGAACUCGCAAGGGCCGGUGGAGAUAGUCGUCGCUCGCGGACCCAUCCCGCCGGCUGCAGGGGCCGCGCCGGAGGCUGUAGACGCUGAAGGUGGCGCUGCUGAAGGCGUCAUCGAGACUCACGAGUCCAAUAACCAGCUGAACCUUCCGCCGGAUCAGGCCGUGAGCGUUUCAGUCGAGGACCUCGGCACGAGUCAGGGAGAAAAGGCAGAUAUGGUGCUCAAUGCGGACUGGACUCAGCUGGAAGUCAUCGACCUCAUCAACGAUGGCACGGGGCUGGGCUUCGGCAUCAUCGGAGGUCGCAGCACUGGCGUCGUCGUCAAGACUAUUUUACCUGGUGGAGUGGCUGACCUAGAGGGUCACCUGCGUAGUGGAGACCACAUCCUACAGAUUGGUGACGUCAACGUGCGCGGCAUGAGUUCGGAGCAGGUGGCGCUGGUGUUGCGGCAGUCCGGCAGCCAUGUUCGUCUGAUUGUGGCGCGCUCCAUUCUCGAGCCGCCACCCUACCAGAUCCCCAAUGCUCCCAUCAUCCCAACCGAACAGCUGGACGAACACAUCGCUCACAUCAACCUGCUGAUGGAGCAGUCCGAGGCCCGGGCGGCCAUGGACGAGCUGGCUCUUCAGCAGCUACAGAUGUAUCCUCACCUCAGUAGUAUCAUGGGACAGGUUCAAGUGCAUCACCAGCCCUAUGACCCGCAGGAUAUGCCCGAAAUGGAAGUCUUUGAGGUCGAUCUCAUCAAGGAUACUCGUGGUCUUGGAAUCACCAUUGCUGGCUAUGUCGGCGGGGAUAACUCACCAGAUGAAGUCUCUGGAAUAUUUGUGAAGAGUAUAAGUCCGGGCAGUGCAGCAGCGCAAGAUGGACGGAUACACGUCAAUGACCAGAUCAUUGAGGUGGAUGGUCGCUCUCUUCAAGGCUACACUAAUCACCAGGCAGUUGAAGUUCUUCGAAACACAGGCCAGUCGGUCCUUCUUUGCCUUGUACGGUUUCAGCAUGGACCAAAGUACGAGAAGCUUCAGCAGUACCUGGCCCAGGCCAAUCAGAACAGUUCCGCCAUGGCGGGUCAGGAUAUGCCAGCCGUGUCUAACCCCACUUAUGAGCUGGAGAAUGGACAGGUGGACCUGGAAGAUGUCACCGUCACCGAUGCUGAGGACGAUUACAGUGGAGAGCUGAGGUCUGAUGUGGAGGCUGCCAUUAAAUCAUGUUGGGAAAGGAUUGUUGGCCCUGACUGUGAAGUUGUGAUUGCCCAGCUGUCCAAGUUCAAGGAAGGUGGUGGAUUGGGCAUCUCUUUGGAAGGUACAGUGGAUGUUGAAAAUGGACAAGAAGUCCGUCCUCAUCAUUACAUUGGCUCUAUUAGGCCUGAUGGUCCUGUUGGUUUGAAUGGUCGCCUUAAGACAAACGAUGAACUGCUUGAGGUUAAUGGAAAACGGUUGCUGGGUCUGAAUCAUGUCAGUGUGGUGGAAAUUCUCAAACAUUCACCACAGCAUGUACGGCUGGUGUGUGCUCGCAGGAAGAGCCCUCCUCAAGCCGACCCAUUCCCUGCACCACCUUCAUCUGUGCCAGCUGCACCUUUCAUCCCAUCAGCUUCAUUUCAAGAUGGAGUGGGUAGCACUAUACCAGGCACUGAAAGGCUGAUCAAGGCCAAAUCAGAGCAGGCUUUGUCAACAUCAGACAGUGCCCCAGCUACUUCAUCCUUGAAUAAGGCAAAAUCCAGGUCCCUUGAACCCUUGACUGGAUUGGCUAUGUGGAGCAGUGAGCCUGUUGUCAUUGAGCUUGAGAAGGGCGACCGUGGAUUGGGGUUCAGCAUCUUGGACUACCAGGAUCCAAUGAACCCCAAUGAAACAGUGAUAGUGAUACGCAGCUUGGUUCCUGGAGGUGUUGCUCAGCAGGACGGUCGACUAGUACCAGGUGACAGACUUGUUUUUGUCAACAAUACAUACCUGGAGCAAGCUUCACUUGAUGAAGCAGCACAGGCUUUGAAAGGUGCGCCCAAAGGUAUAGUCCGCAUAGGUGUGGCUAAACCUUUGCCCCUGUCAGACUCACCUUUCCGUCGUGAGCAACAGUUCUCCUUUGGGGCUCAGAAUCAUCAGGUGUCUGAAACAACCCCCUUUCCUAGUGCACUAGUGUCAGAACUGACUAGCGUCCUCAAGAAUCAUGUAGGUACUAGUGCUGGCCAUACCAGUGAAGAAAGCAGAUCAGGUGGUGUAAGUCCCAGUAUUGUGCAAGGACAUAUUCUAGUGGGUUCGUGGGAUUCCUCAUCCAGUGACACCGAUAUUAAAACUAAUAGAGGCAGCAUGAUGCAGCGCAAAGACAGUUUUUAUGAGAGUGACGAGGACUUGCGCACACCACGUCGUACUUCCCCUCGCAAACAAAAAAUGGAACCAGAGGAGAUGCCACCUUCUUAUGAAAGUGCUGUUGAGGUCUCCGAAAAGACCACUGCAACUGCCCUCAUGUCAUCAGAUGUGAAACCUCCACUUCCACCGCCACCACUGCAGCCUAAGUCAUCUCCUUCAGAGAGGCCUGCUGCCUAUGCUUCUAGUUAUGAAAAUGUGCCCAAGGUUGAGCAAGAUCUGAUAUUUAACAUGUUACAAAGUGUAAAAACAGAAAGUCUUGCACCACUCCCUUCAUAUGAAGAAGCUGUCCUUGGAUUUGGAGAAACGGAUUCAACGAGUGAGGCCCCUCCUGUGCCCCCACGAGCUGAGUUUCAAGAGAACACAGUCACUCACCUCUUGACGGUGGAUGUUGGACAUGCUCCUGCUGCAGCAGAAGAAUUCCGACUCUCAGAUCUGGAACCAGAACAGCCUCUCUCAUCACCUGACAGCCCCCAUCCUCUGAUGGACACCUCAUCGCCCCCAUCUUCUGCUGUGCAGACUGUGUCAGGUGGUCGCGUAGGGAGGGCACGGGGGCCGCCUCCCCCUUUACCUCCCAAACCGCGACUGCCUAAACCUAUACCUGGCAAGCAGGAUGCUACACCUCCUCUGCCAGCAACUUCCCCACCCCCGCCCCAGGCUGUACCACCAAUAUCCCCUCCAGUAUUUCCAUCAACCCCACCAUUACGACCAGCACCUUCUUCACCUCGCCAUGAUCCAGAGAGCAGACUUGGAGGAAGAAUUUACCAUUAUAAAUCAGCCAGCCAAGAUAGCUCUGCUUCAUCAUCAUCAGAUCAUGCUGUUGCUUCAGCGGCUGCAGCUCUGGGAGGAGCAGCAAGUGACCUUAGGAACCUGUCUAGUCCUCCAGCCUCGCCACGAACUGCCUCUCCUAGGCUAUCUCCCAUGGGCUCGCCCCUACUACGUCGAAGUGAAGGGGUGUCUUCCGACCUGGAGAAAACCAUUAAAGUGUCUAAGGGCAGCGAUCAGCUAGGUGUGACAGUAGAGACAGUGGAUAGAGGAGUCAAUGGGUGCUUAGUAAAGACCAUAACAAAGGGAGGUGCUGUAGACAAAGAUGGUCACCUGCAGGUGGGUGACUACAUUGUCUCCAUCAACAACGAAAGUCUACGCCAUAUAACCAAUGCACAAGCACGGGCCAUUCUCCGGCGCACGUCGUUGCUUAGCACAGAUAUUAGCAUCACUUACAUUCCAGGCUCAAGUGUCCCAACACAUGGGUCAAUGACGCCCAGAGUGUGGAAUCAAGUCCUUCCCAUGUGAGCAUGCCUUCACCCAGUACUGCUGGACACACUGGGUCAGCCUCUAGCUCAGCCUCGUUAGUUUCGGUCACACCUACACCUUCAGUGGCGUCAACCACAAUAGCCUCAACAUCUGUCUCUCCCCAUCAGAAAUCAUUGGCAGCAGAUGGUUCC